AUGUCCACCUCUUCGGGGGCCCCGGAGUCUUGGAUAUCUUCCUUCUGUUCCCUACUCGGCCAUGAGUACUUUGCUGAGGUCUCGGAGGAGUUCAUUGAAGAUGACUUCAACCUCACGGGUUUGCAGAAUCAAGUUGCGAUGUACAAGGAGGCACUCGAGAUGAUUCUGGACGUGGAACCCGAGGAGGAUGAUGAGGAGGAGGAAGAAGACGAGGAGGACGAGGAAGAAAACGACUCGGGAGACCAAGACCGGCUCGGGCCCAGGCAUGACCGAAGACAGCACAGCCGGAUGGCCAGCGACCUCAGCGUGAUCGAGUCCUCCUCCGAGAUGCUCUAUGGUCUGAUUCACCAGCGCUUUAUCUGCUCGAGAGCAGGCAUACAGCAAAUGAGCGAGAAGUACGAGUUGGGACACUUCGGCUGCUGCCCACGCACGAACUGCGACCAAGCUAGGACACUUCCUGUUGGCCUCUCCGACAUUCCAGGCGAAGACACUGUCAAGCUGUUCUGUCCUUCCUGCCUCGAUGUUUACGUUCCCCCCAACAGCAGGUUUCAGACCGUGGACGGUGCCUUCUUCGGCCGCACUUUUGGUGCUCUGUUUCUUCUCACAUUCCCUGAGUACGACUUAACCAAGCGUGGAGCCGAAGUACUCAGCAGCGGCGGUGCGCGCAUCAAUGACGACUCGCUCGAGGCGGUCAACGGAAUGUACUCCAAGAACAUUGCCCCCGGCUUGGGAGCGGGCCGGAUAUAUGAGCCUCGCAUUUACGGUUUCCGCGUCUCAGAGAUUGCCAAAUCUGGACCUCGGAUGCAAUGGCUCAGAGACCGACCGGAUGAUAUGACGGAGUUGGACGAGGCGCGGCUAUAUGCUGACGAGCAUCCCGAUUCGGACGAGGAGGACGAAAACAUGAAUGGCAAUGGAAGACCUGCCCCCAGACGCCGUGCCCUGCGUGGAAACGCGCGUCUUCGCCAGCAGCGGCAAGCACAGAACGGGAGCCCGAUGAACGUUGAGACGAACGGUGCUGAAUCUGAGCUCUGA